AUUGAAUUUUAGCGGCAUACUUAUAAUGGAAGCAAUGCAUUCAUUCAUAUAUAUGAUGUGUGCGUUGCGUUGUUGCAUGUGUCAUCAUCACCUUUGUCGCCAUUCCAUUCGUCAUGGACGGGAAUUCGGAUUCGGAUCCCACGCGUCCGCUUCUCACUCACCGCACCUCCGCCGAUAACGCCGCCCUGGCACCCCGACACACUCGCCGCAACUCGGUUAACUCGCUCAGAGCCGCCUUCCUGUCCAAGCUUCCCGAUAAGGUCCGUUCUGGCCUCGACUCUGAGUCUCCCUUCGACCUUCAUCUCUCUUCCUCCACCGCCUUAAGCAAAGGGGAGAAAGAAUACUAUGAACGACAAUUUGCUACUCUGCAAUCGUUUGAGGAAGUGGACUCCGUGGUGUCAUCUGAUUGCAUUGUUGAGGAAAACGAUCAGGAACAACGUCAGCAAGAAAGAGCAAUGAGGAUUUCUAAUUAUGCAAAUAUAGUUUUGUUGAUAUUAAAGAUUUAUGCCACUGUAAGGAGUGGGUCAAUAGCUAUUGCAGCAUCAACUUUGGAUUCUCUGCUUGAUCUCAUGGCUGGUGGCAUACUUUGGUUCACUCACCUUGCGAUGAAGAACAUAAAUAUCUAUAAAUAUCCAAUUGGAAAGCUAAGAGUGCAGCCAGUUGGCAUUAUUAUCUUUGCAGCAGUCAUGGCAACUCUUGGCUUUCAGGUAUUAAUCACGGCUGUACAACAACUAAUACAAAACAGUCCUCCUGAAAAGAUGACUGCUGAACAGCUAAUAUGGUUGUACUCUAUUAUGAUAUUUUCAACAGUGGUGAAGCUUAUGCUCUGGCUUUACUGUAGAAGCUCAGGAAACAAGAUUGUCCGUGCCUAUGCAGAUGAUCACCACUUUGAUGUUGUAACAAAUGUGGUUGGAUUAGUUGCAGCUGUUCUUGGUGAUAAAUAUUAUUGGUGGAUUGAUCCCAUUGGAGCUAUUUUGCUUGCAAUUUACACUAUUUCAAAUUGGUCCCGCACCGUCAUGGAAAAUGCAGUUUCACUAGUGGGACAAUCUGCACCUCCCGAAGUUCUACAGAAGCUGACAUAUCUCGUUGUAAGGCACCCUCAAAUUAACCGCGUUGACACUGUCCGUGCAUACACGUUUGGGGUUCUAUAUUUUGUGGAGGUUGACAUUGAGCUGCCAGAAGAUUUACCCUUAAAAGAAGCGCACACUAUUGGAGAGAGCCUGCAAAUAAAGCUGGAGAAACUCCCGGAAGUUGAACGGGCAUUUGUUCAUUUAGACUACGAAUGUGAUCAUAAACCAGAGCACUCAGUUCUUGUCAAACUGCCCAACAAUCAACCUUGAGCAUAUUUUACAGGUUCACGUGUAAAAUUUUGCCAACCACUGUUAUUGUGCCUUCACUAAUAAUUUCUUUUUAAAGAAAGAAAAACUUUAAUUAAAAGUGACGGAUCCAGCUGUUUGCAUAUAUAUGAAAGCUUAUACGGCACAUUCUGUUGGCAAA